AAACUCCGUGUGUUUAUUUCCUCCGAUCCAUAUCUCGUUUUCGGAUAGAAUAGCUCGGAAUCAAAAGCUUGUCUGCAACUAUUUGUUUCUGGGAUGCACAAAUGCACAAGUAUCGGAGCUCAUGUUUCUCCUUCAAUAAGGAUUAAAAUGGAUCUGAGAAAUGAGCGUCUUUGGAUGUAUAAUCGAGUCAAACCUGGAAGAAAGGGAUUGACAGAUGAAUUUAAGGUUGGAGUAGAUCAAUUUGUGAAUUUUGCUUGCGCACAAGUGACGUUUGUUAAGAACGGUGUAAUUAGAUGCCCGUGUACCAAAUGUAGAAAUCAAUGCUACAAGAAUCCCAAAGAUGUAAAAGUCGACCUUUAUAAGUGGGGGUUCGAAUCAAACUAUUGGCACUCGACUUGUCACGGGGAAGAGGUCCCAUUUUUCACUCAAAGUGUGAAUGAUGUGUCACAUAUGGGAGGUGAAGGGAAUACCAUGUAUGAUAAUUUUGAAAUGAGCUCAACACCUACUCAUCAAAAUGGAGAGUUUGAAGGGCCGCAUGAAAGCGCACAAAAAUUUUAUGAGUUACUCGAUUCUGCACGACAACCAGUAUGGUCAGGAUGUUCAACAGAUACUGAAUUAUCAUUUACAUUGAAGAUGAUGAGUAUAAAAUCAUCAUAUAACAUUGCACAAAAGGCCAUGGAUGAGAUGUUAGAUGCAUGUAGUCGAGCAAUGCCACUACCAAAUAAGGUACCGUCCAAUUUUUAUCAAGCUGAGAAAUUGGUCUCUAAACUUGGUCUCAGUCAUGUGAAAAUUGAUUGUUGUAUUAAUGGUUGCAUGUUGUAUUACAAAGAGGAUAUUGAAUUGGAACAAUGCAAAUUUUGCGGUAAGCCACGUUACAAAGAAAGUACAAAAACCAGUCAAAAGUUCCUCGGAAAAGGAUGCAUUACUUACCUCUAAUUCCAAGACUUCAAAGGUUAUAUGCAUCGCGGAGCUCAGCUAAGCAUAUGAGGUGGCAUGCUGAAAAUCAUCGUGACAUCGGCAUGAUGUGUCAUCUAUCAGACGGUGAAGCAUGGAAACAUUUUGAUAAAACCUAUCCCGAUUUUGCUUCAGAACCACGUAAUCUCAGGCUCGGCUUGUGAUCGGAUGGCUUCUCUCCUUUUGGGGUUAUAGCACAGGUACAAUAUGGAGCAAAUAGCACAGAUGGAAGAUGCUAUGAAUGAGGAAUUGAUACAUGAGGUGGGAAGUAAUACAAAUCCUCCAACAGAAGUUGAAGUUGAAGUUGAUGGGGGGAGCACUACUAUCGACGCUGAUCUUGAAAGAAUGGAUGCAAAUAACGAUGACGACAAUGGUGAGAAAGAUGAUGAUAUGCCUACAUUUCAGAGGAAGAAGAAGAAAAAGACUUCAAAAGCUCGUGAGGAUUUUGAAGAGGUGGUUUUACCGAAUAAAACUAAUAAGUAUAAAUGUGUACACUGCAAGAAACUGCUUUGUAUGCCUGAUACCGGUACCACCUCUCAUCUUUGGAAUCAUUUGAAGAGAUGUGAUGCAAAGAAGCUUGCCACGAAAACACAAAUGAACUUGCAGUUUCAGCCAUCAAAGUCCAAAUUUGAGAUGAAUCCGUUAUCAAAUGGCAAGUAUGAUCAUUUGAAGCAAAGAGAAGCAACUGCUCAAUGGAUCUUGAUAAGUGAGCAACCUUUCAAUGUUGUGGAAAGUGACGGAUUCUCUUUUAUGUUCCAGGUCAAUCUCCCACAGUUUGAGAAGAUCUCUCGUGCUCAAGUAAGAAGCGACGUUAUCACUGUGUAUGAGAUUGAGAAAAGGAAGUUGUUGUCUAUGCUUAAGUGCGUGAAUAAAAUUUCUUUAACCACUGAUAUUUGGAAGUCAAAGGUGCAAAAAAUUUCAUAUAAGUGUGUGACUGGUCAUUUUGUGGACUCGCAAUAUCAACUUCAAAAGCGAGUUCUCAGCUUCAUGCCACUUCCUCCUCCACACACCGGUGUUGAUAUUUUUGAUGGGCUUAUGAAGUGCACAAAGGACUGGGGAAUUGAGCACAAAAUAUUCACUAUAUCUGUGGACAAUGCUUCAAAUAAUGAUGUCGCACUUCGAAUUGCUAAAGUUGAAGCGUUGAAGGUGAAAGAUGCAUUCCCUGUCUUUGCACAAAGAGAAACUUUAUACCACUGUUGUCCUAGUUCUGGAGAUUGGGAAAAGUCAUUUGGAGAGUUAAGCACGUGUUAGAUGAGAAUGAGGCUAGUCCCAAUGAGUUUGUCAAAAACAUGGUCAAAAAAAUGAAGGAAAAAUUUGACAAGUAUUGGGGAAGUUGUAAUCUUUUGAUGGCUAUUGGAGCAAUACUCGAUCCAAGAUUCCAAAUGAGAUUGGUUGAGUUUGCUUUCAAUAAGCUAUAUACUGUGAGUGAGUCCCGUAUAAAUCUUAAAACAGUUCGAGAUGCCUUAUAUGAUUUGUUUUCGGAGUAUGUUGAACAUGAUCAUUUGAAAGCUCGAAAGCACAACUCUUCUUCACCAAUUGAGAAUCCUUGUCCAAGUCACUUGAGCUCUAUGUCCAAAGGAAAGUUAAUACCUUCGGGUUUAACUAUGUUUGAUGAUUAUUUGAAUUCCGUUCAACAUGAUGCUCCUUUGAAAUCAGAGCUAGACAUCUAUUUAGAGGAGGGAGUUUUUAGAUGCCAAGAAGGAGAUGUAACAUCUGAGUUUGAUGCAUUGGCUUGGUGGAAAUCUCAAGAGCUCAAGUUUAAGAUUUUAUCUAAACUAGCGCGUGAUGUUUUAGCUAUCCCUAUUAGCACUGUGGCAUCGGAGGCGACUUUUAGUGCAGGAACUCGAGUAUUAGAUCCGUAUCAUGCUAAUUUAUCAUGUGACAUGGUUGAGGUUUUGAUUUGUGGAGGUGAUUGGGUUCGUCAACUUCAUGGGAUAAGAAAGGCUAUGAAAACAUAUGAAGAGGAGUUGCCGAUUGAAGUUUUGCUAAUAAAUUGAAGGGUUAAAGCUGGGAGAAACUUCAAAGAAUUCAAUUGCAAUCUGAUUAUUAUGAACUCUUGAUGGCCUUUUAUGUAGACAACUUUUACAUUCUGUCUUACUCAUGUUUCAAUGACUUCAAUUUGAGUGGGGUUCUUUUUCACUCUGGGAGUACGUACUACAUGUUGCUCUAUUGCAAUUACUUUUAUUUGAGUGGGUUUCUUUUUGAAGUAGUGGAUUUAACUUUGAAUCUCACCCAAAGUUAAUUUAUUUUUAUCUGUGUUUUUAUCGUCUGU